AUGAUCGCCAUUGUUGUUUGCACCGUGGCCGCCUUGCUGGCACUUACGUCAGCGAGGCCCGACAGCGCUGGCCAGCCUCCGCUGCCGGGACCCGGUCUCUCUUACGGUGGUAUCCCCUACGGCAGUAUGAGCGGGAACGUAGCAGAUUUCUUCAGGAAGCAAACGUCACCUGGUGCCAGAAGUUUGAGUCACGCAGGCCCGGGAUAUGACGUUAACUACGCACCGAUCGAGCAAUGGCUG